UAUCUACCGAGUGAGGAAGACCCAGCGAGAGCUGCGUACCUGGGGCGCCGCCUCAUCUUUCCGACCGCUUCGCAGGGCCAUACGCACCUCGGCGGCAAGCCAGAGACAUAGCAGCUCGCGCAGGAAGCAGUUCCCUUUACACAUUUCCCUACACGGCAGGAAAUAUGGCGGCGGCUCCAGGGGCCUCGUCUAAUCCCGGAGGGGGACCGGAGAUGGUUCGUGGACAGGCUUUUGACGUGGGUCCGCGUUACACCAACCUCUCGUAUAUUGGAGAGGGGGCCUACGGCAUGGUGUGUUCUGCUUAUGACAACGUCAACAAAGUACGAGUUGCUAUCAAGAAAAUCAGCCCUUUUGAACAUCAAACAUACUGCCAGAGAACAUUGAGAGAGAUCAAAAUCUUGUUGCGUUUUAAGCAUGAGAAUAUUAUUGGAAUCAAUGAUAUUAUCCGGGCUCCAACCAUCGAGCAAAUGAAAGAUGUGUAUAUUGUGCAGGACCUCAUGGAGACUGAUCUUUACAAGCUUCUAAAGACACAGCAUCUUAGCAACGACCACAUCUGUUAUUUCCUGUACCAGAUCCUGAGAGGAUUAAAGUACAUCCACUCGGCCAAUGUUCUGCAUCGUGAUCUGAAGCCUUCGAACCUGCUGCUUAACACUACUUGUGAUCUCAAAAUCUGUGAUUUUGGACUAGCCCGUGUUGCAGACCCUGAUCACGAUCACACUGGUUUUCUGACGGAAUAUGUUGCCACUCGCUGGUACAGAGCUCCCGAGAUCAUGUUGAAUUCUAAGGGUUAUACCAAGUCCAUCGAUAUCUGGUCUGUUGGCUGCAUUCUGGCUGAGAUGCUUUCCAAUAGACCCAUAUUCCCUGGGAAACAUUACCUUGAUCAGCUUAAUCAUAUUCUUGGAAUUCUUGGAUCUCCUUCUCAAGAAGACCUCAACUGUAUAAUCAAUUUGAAAGCUAGAAACUACUUGCUUUCCCUCCCUCACAAAAAUAAAGUGCCAUGGAAUAGACUGUUCCCAAAUGCAGACCCCAAAGCUCUUGAUUUGUUGGAUAAAAUGUUGACCUUCAAUCCCCACAAACGAAUUGAAGUAGAGGCAGCGCUGGCCCAUCCCUACCUGGAGCAGUAUUAUGACCCAAGUGAUGAGCCUGUAGCCGAAGCUCCCUUUAAAUUUGAAAUGGAGCUGGACGAUUUGCCCAAGGAGACUCUGAAAGAGCUAAUUUUCGAGGAAACUGCUAGAUUCCAGCCUGGGUACUGACCAUAAUCUAAUCACAGGGGAAGGCUGUGAAGGACUUCGCACUCUCAGACAUCUGUGUUCUUGCCGGUUCUUCCUUGUUGGCCAUGUCCUGUGACCCAUCUCAGCUUGUCCAGUCUAACUCCUUUGAGCCAUUAAGGAGGGGCGGUUCCUGGUAGUUGUGGCUUUUUUAUGCUUCUGAUGAAUUCUUUCGAUCUGGAGAAUUGUUCUCGACACUCCUUUCGUAAAGCCCUGUUGCAGCGUGGUGCAGCAAGUACACACCUGAUGCGAUUUUCAUUAAAUGCUUGUACAUUUAUAAUAUAUUCUUUUUUUUUUUCUUCCUUUCUUUCUUAAAAUGCAGUGGUUUCUUUCCCUUUUUUCUGGACAUAAUUGUCCUGACUUUCAUGGGCUUUACAUAUUGUGUUUAAACCACACGUUUCUUAUGACUGUGGUAACUGGCAUUGCGGUUUUUCCUUUAAAUCUUAUUUGGGAGAGUAAUUUCUCUGGGCACUUUAAAUCGGUGGAAAGCCCUGUUCACUUGCACAUAUCAUUUUUAUUCUCUGGCAGCGGAUUGCUUUCAGUUCAGGUGAAAACCCUUAUAACGGUUACUAUUUUUCUCUGGCACUUACCAGUGCUGUACAGGCCGAUAUAACCUUGUACUUGCUUGAGGAGCCUGUAGGUUGAACAUUUAAUCUUUUUAAGAAUAAUUGUGAACUUGUACACAAGUCAUUUGCGGUGAGACAAUGCCAUUAAUGCGGAGAAAUAAACUGGCUGAGGAGGAGCAUUGAUGCCGUAUCUGGUAGGAUAUUUCUAGAACAGAAUCCUUGUAUUUUCUACCAUAAAUCAUACAGACACUGUGGAUUAACACAAUUUACCCCUUUUUUUUUUUUGACCCCUGCCAUAUGCAUUUCAUUCUAUUUGAAACCCACAGUGCUGUAUUUGAGCAUUACCCCCCCAGUACUUAAGAGCAACCAGCUACCAAAUAUCACUAAAUCACAUGUUUUAACCUAGAAAUCUUUUUUUCUUUCUUUUUUUUUGCAAGUAUUUGUUCCUGGAGUUGUAUGACGUGGAGUUUAUUAGAUGUCAUGUCCCUGUGGAGUGCCUCCUCCUUUUUCUCACUGCUUUGUGUGGUGAAAAAUUUGCCUUGUUUCCAAUUUUUGCCGUGCCCUCGCAUGACUGUUAGUUUUUCUGUGCAAUGAUGAUUGUCCAAGUGCCACAUGCUUACGAUUGAUGAUACAUGAAAGAUGUGUUAACCUCUAAAUUAUGUUUCAAAGGAAUGUUACCCCAUGACCUUCACCAAGAUGAAGCGGCUCUAUUUUUAAAACUUUGCCCCCCCCCAUGGCUUUACUUUUAUUCCGGCAGAAAGUAUAACCUCAUGUGUGAACUGCCUACAAACAUGAACAAUAUUGCACUUGUAAUUGAUUGGAUAAAAAAUAAACUGAAUUCUUCUCUCCAUUAA